ACCCAGGUCUCGUCACUCCCUCCACACCAGGUCUUUGUUGUCAUCUCUUCACCACCUGAAACACACAUUUCAAAGUCUCUCAGGUGCUUUUAGAAACAUAUCUCAACUUGUGUUUGCUUUGACUCAUGCUUUUCUUCUUAUCAGACAUGUUUGGUCCACUGGGGCUGGAAACAGGUUUAACCUCGGCGGAUUGACUCAAAAGUUCAAUGUGUCUCAAAGAGCAGAGAAAUAUUAGAGGAGAGAGUGUUCAGGUGGAGUAAAGGUGAUAAAAAUAUAGACGUCGGCUCGAUAGUGAUUGCUUUUGUUGCCACCAGAUGACAGUAUUUAUCCUCUCUGCUUGUCUGGACAUUAUCACCAUGACAUCUAUGGACCCCUAGUGGGGAGACAAGGAACAACAGUGUCUGGCAGUGCAUGACCUAAAAAUCCAAUAAAUCCAUCUACUUCAAUGUAGAUUAAAAUUUAGAUCAUAUAAACUACCAGAGCCUUUAGAGAGAACAUAAUUAGUUAGUUUUCUUUCACUGAUUUGACACAACAACCCAGGUACUUCCAGAAUUGCAGGAUUCACACAAAAGAGGGAAAACUUUGAAGAACAUUUUAGUCGAUUUUUCUUUCUGAAUGCUUAAAUGACUAAGAACCUUCAAAUUCAGAUUUUGAAAAAAGUAUGUUUUAUUAAACAGUAGCUUGAAUAUUAUUCUUGGAAUAUUUAUCUCACACUGCAGAGAGCGGGCAGAGUCACAUGCAUGAUAGAAAAGGUCAAUGAAAUGGAUUGAGUGUAGAGAAAAUCACUGCACACUCUUUAUUUCUCUGCCAAAAGGUCUUGAGUGGCAUUAAUGUCCUGCUCUCCCUGUGAUAUAUAAUGAAAGAUAUUAUGUGUGUGUGUGUGUGUGUGCAUGUGUGGAACUCUAUGUGUGUGUGUGGUUGUGUGUGCGAGAGUGUGUGUGGGCCGUUUAGGUCUACUGAGUCUUCAUUACACCAGAGCUGGGUCCACUCCUGUCCUCUGCCCUCUCUCAUUGCCUCUUUCCAGAGCCAGCCAGGAAUAAUGAAUUACAGAGGAUGCCAUGGGGGGCUGAGUGAGUGAAGUGGACUCCAUUUUAGCUCAAAUUACCUCUCAGAUCCCAUUCAAAUGGCUGCGCUACACACCCCUGUCUGGGGUGAAAUUAUCACACCUUUUCUUCGUGGAUAUAUCUGGGAUAAUCCUGCACUUCUUUAGCUGUAAUUUAAGUAAAGACAAAGGAGUAGAAGCCCAAAAUCUACCCCAAAAACACAGGGAAUAACAGUCUAAAGAAACAAGAGUGUAAACAACGUCUCAGUGGGAUUUAUCAGUUUAGUCAGAAUGCUCAGCCUUGUGUGCCAUUCCUGUUCAUACCCUCCUCUUCCUCCAAGCAGGUCAAUAAUAAAAAAAAAUGACAGCAUAAACCUGAGGUGAUGGCACAUUAUGCACGCCAUCCAAACAAAUCCUUGCCAGUGUAAAUUAAACACACACCGUGAAUCUCACAGCCCAGAUCAGAGUCUGGAAAUGGAGCAGGGCAAUGAUCAUGAUAAUAAUAAGGAAGGUAAUGGAAUAAAUCAAGGUGAGCAUUUCGGCUGCAUGAUCUGUCCUCGAAGGAAGACAACAAAAUGUGGAAACUAAAAGAUAGGAGGCAAAAAUCUAUACUUCAGGAUGGUUUCUUUGUUAAUUAUUAGACUCAUAUAUGGAUAUACACUCACUGGGAGUAAGUGUUGCUCCAAUGACAAAGCUUAACAUGAGCUUUUGUGUCCUUAUACAUGACUAGUAUAGGAACAACAACAAAGUGAAUAGAUAGAGGUUGUUAUUAUUAUUAUUUCUUGGGGGGAAAUUGGAUAACUGAUGGCUCACACUAAGCUAAUUUACAACGCCCUUCCCUAAACCAGACUUUAAAACAGGAAACAACAAACACCCAAAGGACAGAAGAAUCAAACUCAACCAUAAUGUAGACAGAAUAGCACCACAAGCAAACUGCACUGCACUGAUACACUGUUAUGAAAUCUGUUUCCCUUUGAGUCCAAGAUGAUUCCAGUCAGGAUCCAAUUUCAAUUUUGCAGCUUAUAUUGAUCCUCUGAGCAGAAAAUGCUCCUUAAUAAAAAGCUGUCAAAUAUGAAAAACAUAUACUCAACCACUUUGGUCCAGACACCUGUUGUGUGGCAGUAAUAUGACAGUCUUCUUGCAUGUCCUUUGCUGGAACAUUGUCAAAUAACUGAGGCCACAUAUGCAUAACAGAAAUCCUAGCAGCUCUGUUUGUGCUGUAUUAAAGGUCGAUGUUUGUCACGUUUUAAUUAGUCUACAUUAGCAGGCCUGAGAUGCAUAUCUGAGCAGCAACAAACCUGCAGCUCAUCCAUCUCGCUGCUGAGGGAUGCACAAAGUUGGCAGGCCGAAGCCAUCUGGGAAAGUUAUUGCGUCUAAAAUGGCCUUUGACUGGCCCUCCCAGAUAAGUGACAAAUUCACAACAUACAUACGGCUGGGGGGUAAAAACAACUCAGGUGUUCAGAGGGGUGAAAGGGAGUCCGGCGCACAUGGCGCGUUCAAGGGAGUCCAGCACUAUUUUGGCGAGUUUUAAACGGUGCAGAGCGCGAUGCCACACAGGGAGAGGGGUCGGAUAACCGCUUAUGAGUGACCUCCGCCCACUUUAAGUAAAGCUGCAAGCUGGACCCGGAUACAUAACAUGAAUUGUUUGUCCCAUUUAGAAAGAAACGGAAAUAAACGAGCAGGAAAACUCAAUCGAAGGAACUGCUUGCGAUCUUUAAAAGUUUAAGACGCUUCUGUGUUGGCUUGGUUUUUACGCACAAAGUCCCCAAAGCCAAAAAACGAAAGCUGCGGCUUCACUAAGCUGUAUAUUAUGAUUUGAAAAUAUUGCCUAUAUUUAGAUUUAGGGGAGAACGGGUGACAACAAACUUACUUUGGACACGUUUUGUUUGAGGGAUUAAUAUGAUUAAGAUACACGUAAUUUAAAGCACAAACGUUGCGCACAAUUCGUGGUUUUGAUGACUCCUGAUGAAAAAGUUCUAAAAAUGUCCCUGCCCCGCCUGCAACCUGUUCUCAAAGUUUGCUCUGCAGCAAGUGCCUUCCACCUGUCUCUCUCCCACUUGUUCCCCUCUCCCCAUAAAGGCACACAGGAGGAGCUCGAGACAGGUGCACGAGGCAUCUGGACCAUGCAAACCCCGUUAAGCAUCUUGGAUACUCAUGGAGGGGCAUCUAUACAGACCAAAAACCUUUAGGGGCACCGGGCUGAGUAAGUGUUGGUCUGUUGAGAUCAGGUGUUUUACACUACACUGGCUCUUUCUUUGAGAUGUAUUUAACGGAUUCACAUUUACCCCUUCAGCUCCUUACACACACACACAGCCCUUUUUGGAAAACGGGAGCCUAUUUGUUCUGUAGGACUGAGAAUGUAAACCCAUUAACCUGACGGAAAUAGCCACCACGUGCAGGUUUAUUCUGUGCUGUCACAAGUUAAGACGUUCAGGGGGAAAAAAGUGCAGCUGGAAAACUACAGUAACUCUAAGGGCCUGACACCAGUUGAAUAUAACGCUGCUGUAGAAAACUAAAUCUAGUCUUUCUGGUGCGUAAAGCAGAUGGAAACUAGGCUUUAACAAUCUGUGAGAGAAAAUCACUAAUAAAAAAACAGCAAUGGGUUAUAGCUAUAUUGUUAUUUGAAAAGGAGAUCAAAAUGAAAAACUUAUUUUAAGAAUAGUUCGGUAUGUAGAAAAAAAGUCAUCGGAUGGUCAAAUUUGAACCAUCUUAAAAUGUUGCUGUGCGUCUUUUUCUUUUGGACACAACACUUCAUUUCUCUUGUCACUGCAUGAAGCGAGAAGUAACGAUCAAAGACGGGCUGCAACUCUUUUUAACAUAACCUUUAAGAAAGUUAAUACUCAAAUAAAAGCAAUAAGAUUUACUGUUAUUGUAGAUUUGAGUCAGUUUAUGUCAGCAUAAAUCUAGCAAAAAAUGUGUUUUAGUGGGAGCUGCAAUUUUGUUCAAUCUUUACUCCACUUUUUUGAUGUUGUUGUAUCUUUUUUAUUUUAUUUUUUGUUUUGUAGUUGUGGUGUGUGGUAUAUUUAAUGCUAUGACUUGUAUUUGCCUUUUUGUAUUUUUGGUUCCUACUUUAGUCUGGACUUUCCUUCACUUCUCAUUUAAGCUUCUUUAUCCGUCAACAAACACUAUGAACUCAUUUGUUUGGCUCUGAUUUGUUUGAAUAAUUUUGCAGUGGAUGAUUUGGAUCAUGCUUUAAAUACAACCCUUUAUGCAUUUGAAUGUAAUGGUAUUACGCAUUAUUAAAACAUCCCCAAAAUAACAAAACUUUGCCCCUUUAAAAUAAAAAUUAGCUAGUUUGAUACACCACUCAGUCUGCAAACUACAACUCAAACCAAUUUGCUCCUGUUUUGCGUCUUAACUUCUUUCCCUCUUUUCAAAAAUUCAACUUUUCAAACAUCUAAAGCCACAUUCACUCCUAAAAAAAGGCCAACAGAAGCCGCUCAUCUCCCACUGACCGUGUUUUUCACGUGUUAUCAGUGAAGCAUUGCAGAGUUUGCUGAUGGGGACUCAGCUGCAUUCAAUUAGCAUCAUCUCAUUUAGCUGAGGCCUUAAUUGCGCUCGGGGUGGUGCGGUUGUUUGUGCUCAGCUCAGUUUGAGACGAGCCGCUCCUGAAGAACAAUCCCAAUUCAAAUGAGACUUAUCUACGCCAGAGCGAUCAGACGGAUUAAGAGUUAUUAAAACCUAUAAAGGGCUCAAACCAGAAGAUUCUGUGGGCCCAAAGUCCGCUGUGUGGAGACCCGGAGGAUUUCUCUACAAAAAUACUCACGAAAAGGAUAAAAAUAUAUAGACAUCACGCGCAUUUAGAGGUGUAAAAGGAAUGAGAUGUGAAAGAAAGGACAUGGCGAUUGAGGUUUGACAUCAAAAUAGCACUAAAAUACGCUUGUUUUUAAUUUAGUGCAAUUUUAGUGGUUUAUAAGUAGAUCAGGCGUCAUCCCAAAAUGCAUCUAUGUGUUGGUGACAGCAUUUCAUGAAGCAAUAUUAACCCUCAAUCAGACUGAGGUUUAUAUAUUACACUGCAAAGAAAUUAAUCUCUGCAGGAGACGUAAAAAUCAAGUCAAUCCAGCUGAAGAAGUAUAGAGAAAAUCAACUUUUUCCACAUAAAUUUAUGAUUUAUUUCAUAUCAAAGUGCUAUUUAUUUAUUCAUUUUGGAAACAGCAGAGAACUGGGCAGAGACAGUACCCUCUAAAAUUAUUUUAAAAGACUUUAUAUCCAAAUUAUUUGACUUUUUGCAGUGUAGAAUACGCGCAAUUAUGCCCGCUCCUAAUCUUUGCUAAUUCGGCUGCCGUGCUGUUGGCUGACCCGGGCUAAGAAAGGGGAGAACAGGGGGCAGCCGAGCUUCCAGGCCCACAAAAGCGCAACAAAAAAAAUCAUACAGGAUCAUCAAAUAGCAGAGACGUGCUUUCAGGUUUUGAAAGGCACAGGAAGCGCGAGGAUUUGGUGCGACCCCUGCAUGGUGACAGGGCUGAUAUCUUAGAGACCCCCAUUCAUCGGGAGGGAGGGGAUAGUGACCGGGGGAAGUAAAGGAGUAAGGGAGGGGGGGAGUAUGGGUGGGGUAGAAGAGGAGGGGGGGGUAGAGGGGAGGGGGCUCAGAGUGCAUCUGCAGAGGUCCCACCGCCCUCUGAUCUGUGAGCUGGCACACAUCACGGCGUCCAUUCACAAAUCCUCCUUCUGCGCGUCACCUUUUGUAGUACUCCAUAGUACUGGUGACGUGUAAGACAAUCCUACCAAGGAAAAUACAGAGCAAGAAAAUAGGUUAUAGGAACUCAAGGACAGGGCACAUGCGCACAAUGCCUACUAUCUAUUAUAGUAGGAUGAGGAGGAGGAGGAGGAGGAGGGGGGUAUCAUAUGUGGUGUGUGUGUGUAUGUGAGAUAGAGAGAGAGAGGAGGGAGGGGGUAUGGAGCUAUAAGUGAAUAUGAAAAAGAUCCUGUGCUGGUUUGUAAACUGCAUAGAAACAAACUCAGUUGCGCGAACUGUGCGUAAAAAACGGAGCAUUAACCCUUUAAUGUAAGGAAACAAGUUAUUCUUUGUUUUUGUGCGAUCAAAUGAGAAAGAAAAUUGCAGGAUUCACUUAUUUAGUCCAAACUGACAAACAUGGGUGUGAGAUGAUCAAUAUUCCCCGCCUCUAUGAACAAGAACACAACAUAUUCAUGACAAAUAAUUACUGUAUCUUUCCAGAAUGAAGCCGCACUAUCAAUGUUGAAGUUUUACAAUGUGAAAAAUAACAAGCUGCCUAAAAGACAGAGUGCUCUUGUGAGAAAAUGAAUAGUAAUUUUUAACAGGGAAUGUGGAAAACAUCAUAUCAUCGAUCGAAGUGGGCCUGCUACCGGCUAUUUGGAGGUAACAUGACGAGCUACUGGGGAGCAAAUUAUAACAAAUAAUGUUUAAUAUUCAUUCAAAGAGUAUUUGUAUUGAGCGCAUUAAAGAACAAGCUUCGAUUUCUGCACAAGUCUGAGUCAAAACAUCAUCGGAAAUUGGUGGAUUGUGGCCGCUUUUGCAAGAAUACACCUGUCUCCAUCUUCAACAUGUGAAACCACAAUAUAUGUAGAGGUUUUAUACUUUUAAUAUCAGCCACACGUGUCUGUAAAACAAGCAACUGUGGCCUUAUGGGUGAGUGUAUGACUGCACGUAACAAAAACACUAAUGCUCAGAAGUGAGUCUGUUUGGAUAUUACUUUAACAAACAAUAAAAACAACAGAAAAAUGGUGAUAAAUUAGGUCCAAAUCUGCGCAUGCACAAGGCGGAUAAAGCAAAAGAUCAUUUUUUUUAAAUAUACGUUCAUGGUUGGGCUUUAAUCACAGAAUUUACCCUUAAAACUGCACUUUGAGUUAUGAUAUAUAUCAUGUAAAAAAUAAAUAAAAAUUAAAAACACAAACACCUAACAAAACAGGUAUCAUCUGGAAAACCACAUAUCCGACCAGACGAAUGCCACAAUAACAAAGACCAUAGUUUUAAUAAAUAAGGCAGGCUACUGAAGAAGAAACUCUGAGUCAAUAACACCACUCAAUGUUCAAUGAUUUUCACUGGGAAAAUAAAAGUCAACACAAACAAUAUCGUGCUAUGCAAAUCAACUGACUACUACAGCACCACUUUAACCCUUAAUCAACCAGAAAAAAACUGUCCAAAGUUUGUUUUCAUCAAAGGCAGAGAAAGGAGACCUUUAAUUCAAUCUGCAGAAAUCAUUAGCAAUAAAGAGCAGAUAGAGAGUAAGAUAGUAGAUUUUUCUACAACAUGGCACAUUUCGUCUUCUUCCACCGCCACAGACAAAUAAAAGCCUGUAAGAGCUGGGCAGACAGUAGUAGCGCCACAAUAGCUGGGUUGUGAGGUUGGAUUGUGCUCUUUUCAGGUUGCAAAAAAAAAAAUACACUGCAAAAAAAUACACAGCUCGUGCGUUUAUUGCUCGUAUUCAUGUUGAAUAUACUGCAAUUGAUUGAGAUUAAUCUGCACAAAGUGGUUCACAUUUCCACAUUUUCUUUCUAGGAUAGAUCCUGUGCGUAAAAAUGACCAUAACGACCAACUCAAACAUUUUUUGUUUCAAAAAUAGAGGCAUAGCAUUUGAGUGGGAGAUAUGUCAUUUAUGAGAGAAAAUAUGAUUCCAUGCUUUAGUACAGACGGGUUUACAUGACAUAAUGUUGAGAAUUUGCUGCGUGCACACAGGCUCUUAAUAUAAUUCAGAGGCUGAAAUGGUGUCAUUUCCUCCAGACAGCCCCUGUUUUGCUGGGAGGUUAGAGGCCAAGCCCAGGCGGUAGCGGCCUGUCUGUGCCUCCAUUGUCUGCUGCUUAUUUAGCGCUCAACAUUAAUCUGCGCUUCCCCUCACAAGUGAGAAACAAUCGCAGCAUGAGAGUGGCCUGUCUAAUUACAUCUUUCACUCCCAACUUUCGCUGCAGCAGCCGACGGGAGAGCUCGGAUGGGCCCUUUGUGAUAUGGACAUGUGAGAUAUUUGGGAGUAGAUAUGAGGCUGUUGCACAGGUAGAUUUAGGAUGAGGGGUUUCCUUUAAAUAGCAGAAAUAAAAAGGGGAUAGAAUUCCCUUUAAAGAGCAGUUAAUGCUCAAAGAUAAUCCUCAAGUUUAUGAUGAGGCAUAUUUUAAGACAGUGUGCAUAUGAGCUGUCACUGGCAGUGCGCGUUUGGAAGCAGUAUCCAAACUGAACCUGAAUAUUUUCUAAUUUUAGCAACUAGACUUUAGUUUUCAACUUUUGCAAUUUUUGAGAAAUCGUCUUUUAUACAAACAAUAAGUCUAGAAUGAGGCGAUUGAUGCUGGAAACAACCUUAUUAGAGUGGUGCUUAAAUAAAAAAAAUAAUACAAAUAAAUGCAACAGUUAGAGGAAAGGAUUACUGAAGCCUGCAACCCAAAAAAAGCACACAAAAUUAUGGCAAAAGUCCCCAGAGCUCAUUAAAAGUGUGUUUUUCUCUCUUUCACUUGCACCAAAAAACAAACCCGGCUGUAGUAGACAACAAACACAUCAUACAACAAAUAAGUUUUGUGUUAUUAUUUUGGAAAAUUUGGAUGGACUCCAGUAACCUCCCAAAAAAACACCUGAAAAACGACUGAUACUUGUAGUAUUUUGCUAUGAAAUGUUGCAAAGUGACUUUCCAAGCAGACUGUUCAAAUUCUCCUCACUCAGUUGUUGCAGCUCCUCUGGUCCUCCUCGGUGCCCCCUCUCCUUUUUACGCGCAGCCCCAGUUGAAGCGCCACGCAAAGCGGAGGAGCGGCAGAUACGUCCCUGCAGCUCUAGUGGAGUCCUGGGAGGAGAAACACAAACUUCCCGCUGGUCAGCAAAGUUACUCAAAGUUUUGUCUUUGGCGCGACUCGGUACCCUGAGCCGUGCACAAAACAGUUUGUUUGCAUCACUGAUUUCUUUUAAAGGGAUAUGGACCCAGUUCUUGGUCGAGCGCAGCGUCACGCCAGGCGAGCACGAAAAUAUAAGAAAAAAAUGCUAAAUACACAUUUGGCGUUUUAUUAAGCAUACUUGGCUGUUACAUUUCAGUGGCAUGCAUUUUCUUACUAAUAGUGAUGAGACUGAAAACAACAUACAUACCACUUGUAUAAACACUGGGUUGCAAUUCUAAUGCAACCAAGGACGUCUAAUUGAACCAGGUGUAAACAGGGGUCUGGGGGUGAUAAAAUACAUUUUGUAAGAAAAUCAUCUUUGCAAAAGUUCCGGUUGAAAACGUGAGUAUGGGGACAUGUGAGAUAUGCAGUGGUUCUUUCUUUCUGCCUUUUAACCUUGGCCACGACGAACCGACUUUGGUUGGUUUAUUUACCUUAACAGGUAUUACAAAAGCUAUUAAUUGUGACAGAUUGUAACACAUUCGCAACUGCUUCCAGUGCUGCAUUUUGUGACAGUAUCACAACACGUAUCAAGACCUCCAAUGCAACAACAUCAGGCCAUUUUACCUUAAGCUGUUGUGCCUCUAUGAACCCUGUUGUUUAGUUUUAAUUUAGGCUCCUAUUGAAGUGUGAGUAAAUAUAAGCAUCAGAAACAAACUUCUAUACGUGUUGGUUGUGCUGGAGCGGAUUAAGAUGAUGUUAAAAUGUACAAUUCCCUAUUUACUGGGAAUCCCUCCCUGCCCUACAAGCAGGAACCCCGGGGGUCCCCACUGCCCACUUUGACAAGCGAAGCUUCAACCUGCCUUUGUUUUACUGAAUGCAAACAACGUGAUGCGCAUCGUGUUUUUUUUUAAGCAAACUAAAACUAAAAAAAAAUGUUACAGGGUUCUUAAAACACACAUGAAUUAUUGGGAGUAGCUGAGCGCAUGCACUGGAUUUAAAUGAGGCUUCUUCUCCGUCAGUCCAGGACUCUUUCCCUUUACUAAAGCAAGGAUGGGCGUUUGUGGACUGCUCUGGAGUCAGCGUCAUGUGGCCUAGUUUCUGCCCUCCCAUUGGUCCAAGGCACGUGUCUGGGAGGACGGUGGGAAAACGUCACUCGGGGGGCUCGUAUUGAAAAUAAGAACAAAACUCCAGAGUGAGAGUAUUAGAGCAUCAGUUUAGGACUCUCUUUAUUUACCCUUAGUUUAGUUUAGGCGUAGGCACUGCCGAGCGCACUCAAAUCGGAUAACUAGAAUCUGCAGGUGCGCAAAUGGCACAUGUUUUAGCUCUACCAUAGCAGCUGCAACCCGAGAGUGAGGGAAUAUAUGUGAAAAAGUAUGCUUUUCUCAGAGGACACUACCGCAAGGCUUUGCAUGGUGUCCACGGCACUCAGAAUUUGAGUUUAUUUUUUUAAUUUAUUUUACGCGUGCAGUUUUUUCCUUCACAUCUAUCGCCCCCGAAGUUCUUUGUCAUUUUUUAUUGCAGCAGCGAGAGCGAUAAAGGGGUUAAAGAGAGUAAAGCGGAAUCAGUAUGGAAGAAAAUGAUCACGGCAACAGAGACGUGGUGGAGCGGCAGGAGUCGGCGGAUGAAUCCAACAGAGCCAUCCUUCCCCUGUUACAGGCACCGGGGAACCCGCAGAUCCCUCACCGGGUCACCAAUUUCUUCAUCGACAACAUCCUGCGGCCAGAUUUCGGGCGGAAAAAGGACGGGGGAGCAAACCGCGAAGAGAGUAGUCUGUCAUCGCGGGAGAGCCACAACAGCCCCGUCGCCCCUCAGACCGAACCUGUGGGGAGCACAGUGCCCGCAGAAGGGACCUCCACUCCUCACACGGUCACCGGGACCAAGAAGCCCGCUAUAGCCGCCGAGGAGCCCCUGAAACCCCGCGGGGAGAACGGAGACCAGUGCCUAAGCUCAGACUCAGACAGUUCCCAAGCCAGCUCAAACCAGAACCAGUCUCAGCCCAUGCUGUGGCCGGCCUGGGUCUACUGCACCCGAUACUCGGACAGGCCUUCUUCAGGUUGGUGCAUGCGUUUUUUACUACUCUAUUCCGUACUCUCGGUAACCUGAAAUACCCCGUAACACUGACCCCGGUUGCCUUGACCGACUUCUCCCGAGCUGAGUGGAGCGAAUCGUGCCGGAGAGAGAAAACAGUCAAUUUUCUGAAUAUUCAGUCAAAAGCCCUGGAAAGAAAUAUUCUGCGCAAAGCAUAAAGACAGUGGUAAUUUACUUAGUCGUGGGGGUUAUUUCAAUGUAAAAAAUAAUAAGUGAACAGGCCAAAAAUAUAAAAUACAAAAAAAAUUCUCUUGCGAGAGUAGGCCUAGUUUGUCUUUUUUAAAGGCAGAGAAAAUCGAGUUUUUAAUGACUGAAGUUGCUCUAAUUUUGGUGUUUAAUGUUCCAGAAAGAAACACACAAAAAUCCACUUUUUUCCCCAGCUAUCAGGCACAUAUUUCCCCUGAAGACAGCCUGUCUUGUAGAUUUCCUCGGGGUUAUACGUACAGAUAUUUGGGGUCCUACAUACACUAAAACAUGCGCGCGCAGACUGGUUUGCAACAUGUGCAGCGUUGCUAAUAUUUUGGUGCUCGUGUUUUCGCCGUUUUGUUGCAUGGAGUUAGAGGUGUGUUUAGGGAGGAUUAAAAAUGCAUGUUUUUUUUUUGCAACAGAUGAACCACACAGCCCCUGCAUGUUCGAGUUUUGAGCUUAUUCAUCAACUCAAUUUAAAAGAAAACAAAUACUGCAACUUCUCAACUCACAGGGAGAUAAUUGUGUUGUUUCUUUAACUUAGUAUCAAUCUAAAGUGCAGUACAAGUUGUUCUCAUGCAUUAUGUAACGCUGUAUGGAGUGGCGUAGGCGACUACUACGAGUUGUAGCUGCACAGUUUUGAUGUACACACACACAUACACACUCAGUGAUUCAUCAGUAAAGAUGUUCGGCCUGUGUUUUGUUGAUUUAAGGACAUUUUCCUCACUCUGCAAGAGGGUACAAGGACUCAGUCCAAAGCUUCUCCAAAAACAGGCCUCCAUCAGGAUGUAAAAUUAAUGUGGAUCUAAUGUGUGCUGCUCACAUUCUGAUCACGUUUUGCCCCAUUGAGGAGGGGUUUUUUUUCAUGUGACCCACAAAAACUCUAAUGUAGAGUAAUGUAGUGGCGCUGAAAUGAAUCCUGCGUAUGACCAGCAUUUUACAGUAGCACCGUUUUUUUUCCACCGUUGUCCUAUUGGUUGAUAAUUCCAUAUUACUACAGACAGUGAUGUGUGCGUUAGUGUGUGUGCGUACGUACGUGUGUAAGUGUGUGUGUGUGAGUGUGUAAGCGAGGAAGAGUAAUGGAAACAGGGAGGGAGGGGAGGUUGCUGCUUCUUGUGUAUGUUUUCAGUGUAUGGGUCAACAUUUGACAGUCAACCCUGUUUAUUCUUCGCGAGUGUACCAAAAACGCGUCAUGGAUUCAAUCAGAACUAAAUUUGGUGGAUUUUUUGAAACAAAAUACACACUUAGCGAACUGUUUAAUGUGUCUGAUUACCAUGUUCGGUUCCCUUUCUCUUUAUUUUGGAAAUUAAAUAUGUUAAAAAUAUGAUUUUUUCUUCAAAACAGACUUUACGCACAUGUUCUGGAUUCUAUCCAAAUAAGGAGUAGAAAACUACAUGCUUGUGGCUGCGUUUGUAAAGAGAAAAACCCAUGCGUAAAAACGUGUUUUUAUAAACCGAACUAACCAGAACGACUUUGACUAUUUUGCCUGUGUGACACUUUUUGAACACUUAAUGAACAAAUGUGACCCCCCACCCCCAUAUCCCCCACUGCAGGCCCCAGAUCUCGCAAACCAAAGAAGAAAACGACCAGCAAAGAGGACAAGCGACCACGGACGGCCUUCACAGCAGAGCAGCUGCAAAGACUAAAAUCUGAGUUUCAGACAAACCGCUAUCUGACCGAGCAGAGGCGGCAGAACCUGGCGCAAGAACUGGGCUUGAACGAGUCCCAGAUCAAGAUCUGGUUUCAGAACAAGAGGGCCAAAAUCAAGAAAGCCAGCGGCGCAAAGAACUCCCUGGCCUUGCACCUGAUGGCACAGGGACUGUACAAUCACGCCACCGUCACGUCGAAGGACGAAAAAUCAGACAGCGAUUGAUUUCCAGAGAAGUCACAAGCAGCCUCCAUGACGAAAAAGAACCUAUAGUGAUCCUAUGAUAGAUUAUAAAGAGAUACCACUACCUACAGGAAUAUUUAAUGAUACAACAGCAGAUGAAAAUACAAUAAAGCUCUAUUACUACUAUCACUACAGAUACAGCAAGGGCCCAGUACAACACGGACAUACUUCAAAGACACAGUGAGAGUCCUACAGGAAUAUUUAAUGGCUCCAUAGCUCUCUAUAGGCUCCUAUAGGAAUAUUAUAGCGAUUUUUCGUGAUACUGGAGGUUUUGUUAAGCCUACAAUGCAAUAAUUUCAUCGAAUAAAGGGCCAGUGUGUAGAGUAUACCAGCAUAAAUUGUUUUAAAAAAUAAUAGAGAGAUAUUUCUGCAAUAUCACGUCUAAAAAAGAUGUUGUAUAAAGGUAUGUUUUCAUUGUUUGUCGUCCCCCCCUCAUGGAGGUAGCUUCAAAUGCUAACACCCUUCAUUUUUCUAUAGGCCUACUGCUAACCAUGAUUGUCAUCUUACUUUGAAACUGAUACUUCGACCUGUCAGUGAAGUGAACAAACUGAAGUCCAAAGAAUAUUUUUCUGCUGCAUCCAGGCUACUGUGAAUUUAAAUAAAUGCUAACACGAGUGUUUAUGUCCACGCUUUGUUGAUUUCCUUUGUUGUGUUUGUGUAAAAACGGACAGAGGAUUUUGGACGACGCUUUUAUUUUGAAGAGUCAGACCGAAUUUGGCAGAAUCUGAAUUUUGAUACGCUUUUUAAAAAAAUAAAAUGAAGAUAAUUCACAGGAACAGUUUUUAAGUGACAGAGAGGUAGCGAUUUUUUCUAACACGCCACUUAACUAAGAGUUAGGCUUUGCUUACAUGUGUGUGCUUGUCUCAUAGCCUUUAAACGAAUCUGUGCGUAGCCUAUUUCUUUUGUUUUGCAAAUGCAUCAGUGCAGCUAUUAUAGUUUUUAAACAGCAAUAUGAAUCAUGUUUUGUAGCUAAAUGCAUUGAAGGCUAUAAUGCUGCCUUUUGAGUCACAGAAACAACUCUGUAGCAUAAAGACAAUGAUGACAACCAUUUUGCGCACUCUGAGUAUAGACUUUAAAUGCAGGUUAUUGGAUGUUCUUGUCAAAUCUUUCUCUAUAUACAGUUUUAUUACAUAUCCAUAUAUCAUAAAAAGAAGGCAAAUCCGUCAGUGACUGUAUUACAAAUGUUGGAAAUCUCUUAUCGUUGUUGAAAGGACUUCAUAUGUGUAUUUAUAUAGAUUAUAUUGAGAAAAAAAUCUAUCCAAUGACCAGUGUUGCUUUAGAGUAGAUAUCUGAGGUGUUUACACUGCUUGUUUAUCUUGCAAUAACUUCAUUUUGGGUUUCUUCUUCUUCUUUUUUUUAAUUUUCUUUUUUUUUUUUUGUGAAUGAAAAAUUGUUUAUGGGGCCUUUGCAUGAAAGCUGCAAUUUGUUGUACUUGGGGCAAAAAUAACUGUGUUUAUAAACUUUGGUCUUUAUCGACAGGAAAGUAUGAUCGAGCUAAGUUCUAGACUGUAUCCAUACCAAAUUGUGGACUUUUUUGCCUUUCAAAGUGUUUUUGUUGUAUAUCUGCAAAAAGUGUGUGUGAAUUAAAAUCCACCAAACAGAAACACACUUUGCCUUAAAGUUCAGGUGUGAACUUUUUAUGAAACAUGACUGUGCCGAAUCAGACAAGCAGUAUUACUUCAAAUGCAGACUAUUCAAGUUUAAUGCCUUUAUGAAAACUGCUGGUACGACAUAUUGAAUUUACUCAUCAGCGUAUAUCUAUCUAUAUAUGAACAUGUUUAAAUGAAAUUACAACACAGAGUUGUAGAAUACAAUGCUAUUUUUUAUUUUAUGUUGAAGUAUUCUUUGGUAUAAAUGUACAUAAUUUGUAUCAUGUAUUAAUUGUGUAAUUAACUGCCUCCUGAAAACUGCAAAAGAAGAGUAAAUAAACCUUGAAGAUUAUACACAAACAAGUUUCCCUCAACUUUUGUGUCCAGAGAGAGUCCAUACUUUUCAGAAAUGUGACCCUGAAUCAAUUCUCCACUUCUACAAGCACAAUAAUUUGUUUAAAAAAUGCAUUAGCGGCUAGAAUUACUCAAAAAGAGAGAGAAAUGUACUGUAACAGUUUUAAAUAAAUGUUGCCAGAUGUCAAAUGCUCACAAAUGCAAUCACAAGCAUUAUUGUAUUUCCCAGCAUGACAAUCCUUUCCACGCAGACACCCACUCAUUCAGGAUCACAUUCAUGGAGGAUCAAAUUCAUGGGUUUUCAGAUUAAAACAUUUGCAAAAGCAUCCCAACAUUAUGCAAGGGAAAGCCUUGAACAAUUCCCAGGCAUGUUUCCCCAACAAUGCCUGAUCUGCAUUUCCAUACUUGCACCGCUAGUCUUUGAACGCCAUGUCUAACGGCCAGUGACUAGCAUUGGAGCAGAUAGGGCUGCUCCCAGCACUGUCCCCACGACGGUCAGUCUUCCUCGCCGUGUCUGAAAAGAGCCUGGGCAUCUAUGGCAGGGCAGAAAUGAGAGUCGAAAGGAGAAGGAGAGGGAGGGAGAGGGGGAGAGAAAGAGAGACACACUCAAGAGAGAGAGAGAGAGAGAGAGAGAGAGAGAGAGAGAGAGAGAGAGAGAGAGAGAGAGAGAGAGAGAGAGAGAGCAAUGAAGGUCAAAGCCUGUCAUGGCUGCAGGUGGCUGGUUUUCCCCCCUCCUCUCCUCUCAGUAACCCAUUCUCCACACACAGCUUUCUCACUCACCAACUCUUACUCUCCCCCUCACUCACUCACUCACCCUCUCUCUCACACACACAUACACAUAUACACACACACACACACACAUCAUACUACCACUCUGUUUUUAUUUCAUUCUUGCCUGGCACACACACGUCCCCAAACACUUCAUUCAUUUCACUUCUUCGUCACAUGCACACAUACCCCUCGUUGUUUUGGUCCUUUCAUUCAGGGCAUCAAUAGGAACCUUCAUCAAAAUAUUCCCUUGCAGGAGAGUCCCCUGAAGUUCAGAUAGGGACACCGAUGCAUUAACAAUAGCUGAAGCUGGAAAAGGCUGCAUACAUGGGACAUUCUCCUGGAAUAAAAAAAGUGUUUAUGGGAGAGUUAUUGAUCUAGAAGUGAAACUGAAGGGGUCAAGUGGCCAGAAACACAGCUUGUUGAGGCUCUUGAUCGCUUUACACAGCUGAAACUUUGUGCUGUAAAAACAUAAUGAAUGAUAGCACACAGAAGAAAUCAGUGUAGACAACACUGAGAAGUAAACACUUUGGGCUAGGAUGAAGAAGUUUCAAAAGAUGUCUGGAGAAAAAGUUAGUUUCUGGAGAUAGAUCGGGCAAAGUCCUUGUGCUGUACUGAUGGAAGUAAGCACAGGAGACAUCAGGAAAGUAUCAAUGUCUACCACCAAACACAAAAGAGCCCCCAUCCUGCAAUGACCUCUCCCACCAUCCUCCCCCCCUUCCCUACUGUGUCAUUUACCCACAGUUUCUAAAUGCUUCCUCCGGCCAGAGUGGAAUCUGCUCAGAGGUGCCCGGGCUUUGUGGCGGAAACAUAAUUAAAGUGGUGAAAGAUGUAAAAGGUGAAGAAUGGGGAUGACAUCAGGCCAAUUUCACACUUGGCACUCGAAUGGCUAGGUCCAAGCCAGGACUCUUGCCUCGCAACACAGAUCAAAGCCCACUGUCACCGCACCAGUGCAGGAAAAAAAAAGAGGCAAAAGGACACCUAACUAUGCUAAUCCCCAGGACGAAUAUAUUUUAAUCUUGUUAGAAUACAAGUUAAUGCCGUGGCUCAGUGACUGAACUUUUCGGCAAGAAUGAGAGGUGAACAGAAUUACUUUUACCUUUUCUACAUGAGGUGCCUCUGUCUGGCUCCGGAUAAACAGCCAGAGUCUGAACAAACUUUCUUUAGGACAAACUCAGCACAUUAUCAAGCCUCAUACUGUACACAGGAGGCAGAAAGCAAGCCACUGGAAAGGCGAGCAACAAUUUUCAUUAAGAACAACGAAAGGGGGGAAAAAAAGAGAAAACUCUACCCCAGAAGCUGUCAGUGACCCCGUCUGAAGCCCCACUAGGGCACCUAACAUGCAAAGGAAAUGAGUAUUUUGUGGACCGGUUUGUCCCCGCUCACAUUGAGCCCUCCUUUCUCAAAAGCACCUUGGUAACCCUUGAUCUCUCAUGUAUGGAAGUCAGGGUGCUGGGGCCUGCAGAAGUUGACUAGGCAGACAAUAGCAAGCGGAUGCUUUCUGGAAAAGUCACACCCAGGCAACUCUCAUUUCACACACCGUGUUUGAGCGACCUCCUUGAAAAAAAGUUAAAGGGAGAUGGUAAGACUUUUGGGGUGAGGAUUCUUUUUGUUCACUUAACAACAUUCAGGAUAAACAAGUGUCCUCUUACAUUUCCCAUGUAGCUACCAUGUCUGGAUUCAGGAGGAGAUGUGUCCUGUUUCAGGGAGAUGAAUAAAAACAAAAAACCUUGGCUCUCAAACUCUGCAAAGUUGUUUAAAAUGUAGUUAACCAAAAUAACUUGUUGUCUACAGAGUGUAUCAAGGAUGUGCUGUAAAAAAAUCCUUUUUUUAAGAGAAGCUGUUGAGGUAAAGAGAGAACAGAAGAAACAAUUGUUCAUAAAGGAUAGACAUUAAAAAAAAGUUAGUAUUCAAUAAAAAGGACAAAAACUGACUUACAUACAUUUCAGAAGAUAAAGCAGAUUGCAUCACUUUCUUACCACGUUUAUUGGCAGAGUGCAUGUAACAUUACAUUGAUUUCAUUUUGUUAAACUCCCUGCUGUCAUAUAGAAACAGAUCCCAAUAAAAACCCCUGAAACCUUAAAAACGAUGGUCAGUUCAAACUUUGUAUAAGUAUGUGUAAAAGUUUUACCAAAUAGAAGCAGAAUUUCCUCACAGAGCCAACACAACUACAAAUACAGGUCACCAAACCUCGGCAGAUUUUCUAUCAUUUAAAAGUGAUCACUUUUAAAGUUUAAAUAUUUGCUUCAUUUAACAAAUAGUGGUUCAAUUUGAAAUAACAGAAACCCCUCCCGAAAAAACACCCAUUAUAGUUUGGCCAUGUCUGAAAAUUGCAUGUUUUUGUUCAACCAAGAGUUAAAAACCCAAAGACCAUGAGGGGUUUACAAGAUGAAGGCAUGAUGAGUUUCCCAAUUGUACUUGUUGAAUACUUCAAUUAUCAAAAUUGUCAGAAUCAGUUCUUUUAAUCAACAUAACAGUUUGUCAAAUUAUUCUUUCAGCACAAAAUAUAAUAUAAUACAAGUGAUAAAAAUACAAUUUCUGUAAAAUUUUUCAUAAUUGCCUUUCGCUGCUCUCCCAUACAGAAUGAGUAAUCUGAGGAAAAUCUGAGAGAUCAAAAAACGAGAUGCGUCUCUCUGCAAAUUUCUUAAUCACCGGGUUCAACUUUGAGGAAAUUUUGAGCACCAAUUACACAUUUUUGAACUAGAAGUGUGUGGAAAAUAUUUUUCAAACCGUUUUUCAUGCUUUAUACAUGAAAUAUUACCCCUAAUUUUAGACCACCUCAAGUCUCAAAACUUCUCCAGUUUCUUUGCUGAUUCACUGUUAGGCCCUGUUUCUUAAAAAUAUAUCCUAACAAGGGCUGUUUUGUCUUCAAGCUUCUCUGACAAAGUCUGAAACAUGAAAAUGUAAAAAAUGCGUACUUACCUACCUCUUCCUAGAAUCUCUGAAUUCGUAACUUGAAAUGAAGGCAACACAAGAGAGGAACCAAGCAAAAUGCUCGAAAUAAACAAGCUUAAAUUUAAGUUUUUAUUCUUUGGAAUGACACAAAAACAACACUCCCUCUCUCUGACGUCUCUCACUAAAGUUUGAUCCCAGAUAUGUGUUCAAGACUACACACAAAAUUCCCUGAAUUGCAUGUUGUUGAGAACAUGCAGAACUCUGCACCAGUUUUUUUUAUUUCAGAUGGGUUCCCAAUAAUAUAAGAGAAACAGUUAAACUUUCUGUACUUGGGUAAAAUGCACUCAGGAAAGGUUCCAAAGAUAUCAGCGGUAAUGUGAAAGUCUGCAUGAUAAUUACAUGUUAAAAAAGUUGAGGGAGUUGGUGCGUAAAAAAACACAGAACUCUUGAGCAGAAACAGUCAAGGUGGUAGUGUUUCCUAGUUUGUCCUCGGUUCUUUUUCUACAUACGAAAUGAAGAUGUACAAUGGACAGUCAUGCCAUUUCUGGCUUUUCUUACUGAGUUUGUGUUGCUUGCUGACACAGCUCGACAGGGUCAAGGAUACAUCUGACUCACCUCAGGCCCCCUGCUCUCCCCGGGGACCGGCCUGUCACUCACUUUGCGGUUACGCAUCAUAGCUGACAGAGGCACAAAGUGAGAGCUCGAUGCUGCAUCAACAGCAGCAACAUCAUCACCAAAACCCAUCCUUAGCAUGACAUCUUCCUUCCUAGUUUCACCACCAGCUCUCUGCACU